CUAAUACUGUGACUCAGCCAAUGACUGUUGAGUAAAGUUGUACGCUCCGUCCCACUUUUAAACGUCACCGUUGUCAGCGCGGGAAAUGUGAGCUAGUGUGUGGCGCUGAAUAUUGAGAAUAACCGCCAAACUAAAGCUCAGGCAUUUUCGGUCCUGUUCCUGAUUGUCCUCCGGAGAGCAUCAUGCCGUGUGAAAGGAAGCCCAUGCGUUACGGUCACUCAGAAGGCCACACUGAUGUCUGCUUUGAUGAUGAGGGAAAGUGUAUUGUGACCUGUGGGAGUGACGGCGACGUCCGCAUAUGGGAAAGUCUAGAUGAUGACGAUCCCAAGUCCAUAAAUGUCGGGGAGAAGGUCUAUUCUGUAGCACUGAAGAAUGGAAAGUUAGUUACAGCAGUUUCCAACAACACAGUUCAGAUUCACACUUUCCCAGAGGGAGAUCCAGAUGGCAUUCUCACUCGAUUCACCACCAACGCAAACCACGUCACCUUCAACAGCAGCGGGUCAAGAGUGGCUGCAGGCUCAAGUGACUUUAUUGUGAAGAUAGUGGAGGUGGUGGACAGCAGUCAGCAGAAGACCCUACGAGGACAUGACGCUCCAAUCCUCAGUGUGGCUCUUGACCCUUCUGAUGAGUUCCUUGCUUCCUCCAGCUGUGAUGGAUCGGUUACUGUGUGGUCUAUUGAGUCACAGACUCAAGUAGCUCAAUGGAAAAUUCUCCAGAAGUCAAGUGAUGUGAGCAAUGCCAAGUCUCUCUGUAGGCUCGCAUGGCAGCCGCAUUCUGGAAAGCUUCUUGCUGUACCAGUGGACUUGACCGUUCAAUUGUAUGACAAAAACACAUGGACACAUGUCAGCACGCUCUCUGAUGACCUCAUCACACAGGUUGUUAAUGUUGUGGUCUGGUCGCCGUGUGGGAAGUUUCUGGCUGCAGGAACAGUUGGUGGAAACCUGUUGAUUUGGGAUGUAGAAGCCAAACUGUGUAUCGAGAGACAGAAACACGAGAAAGGGUUCACUGUGUGUGGGAUGGCGUGGCAUCCCUCAGGGGUCCGGAUCGCUUACACUGACACCGAGGGCUGCCUCGGGCUCCUGGAAGGCGUGUCGUCCUCAUCGCCAUCCUCUUCCUCUACUAUCCAAAGCACCAAGGCCACUGCAGCUAAAGAAAAAAAUGACUAUGAUGACCUGUUUGAUGAGGAUGAUGACCGGAUGCUGGACGAGGGCAUGAGUGACUCGCGGUCUCCGGUGAAGAAACCCGUCAUGGAAGAGGAUGACGACGACGAUGACCUCAUGCCUGCCACGGGCAGACCACGGAACAGAGGGUCCUUCCUGGAUGACGAUGACAAUUCUCAAGAUGCAGGCUCUGUAAAACUGGAUGGAGUUCCAGAGGAGGAUGGCAGCAGUGCUAUUCUUCCUGCUGUGGGUCCUGCAGUGUCCCGUCCCGUAUACGAGGGUCCCAUGCCCACACAACCCCAAAGGGCUUUCCAGCCGGGAUCCACCCCAGUGCACCUCAUGCAUCGCUUUAUGGUGAGGAAGAACCAUAGCAGUUGUCAAUUCAAAUGUAUAGAAGAUCAGUUUCACGACACUGCUGUCCAUCAUGCCAUGCACCUCACAAACACCCUGGGCCACACCAUGGCUGAUCUAUCCCAGGAGGCCGUGCUGCUGGCCUGUGAGGGAACUGAUGAGCUUGCCAGUAAGAUCCAGUGUUUGCAUUUCUCAUGCUGGGACACACAUAAGGACUGGAUAGUGGAUCUUCCUAAAGGAGAGGAUGUCCGUGCGUUGUGUUUGGGUCAGGGCUGGGCUGCAGUGGCCACCAGUGCUCUGAUGGUCAGGCUGUUCUCUAUUGGUGGAGUGCAGAAGGAGAUCUUCAGCCUGCCUGGAGCUGCUGUCUGCAUGGCAGGACACGGAGAGCAGCUCCUCAUCGUGUAUCACAGAGGUACUGGGUUUGAUGGAGAUCAGGCCCUUGGCGUACAGCUGCUCCAGCUCGGGAGCAAGAGAAGACAGGUCAUACAUGGAGAACCAUUGCCUCUCUCACAGAAGUCCUACCUGGCGUGGUUGGGCUUCACUGCAGAGGGAACCCCAUGCUGUAUUGACUCGGAGGGUGUUGUACGUAUGCUGAACCGGACCCUGGGGAACACGUGGACUCCUGUCUGUAACACCAGAGACAGCUGCAAGAGCAGAUCAGACCAUUACUGGGUUGUCGGUGUUCAUGAGAAUCCACAGCAGCUCAGGUGUAUCCCAUGUAAAGGCUCACGUUUCCCACCCACCCUACCUCGCCCUGCUGUGGCCGUCCUGCCCUUUAACCUGCCUUAUUGCCAGACCACCACAGAGAAAGGCCAAAUGGAGGAGCAAUACUGGCGGUCCAUGCUCUUUCAUAACCACUUUGGCUUUCUGUCAUCCAGUGGUUAUGAAAUUGACAGCGAGGGUCAGUCUCAGGCUGAGAAAGAGCAGCAGGAACUGCUAAUGAAGAUGUUCGCUCUGUCGUGUAAACUGGAGCGAGAGUUCCGGUGCGUGGAGCUGGCUGAGAUGAUGACUCACAGCGUUGUGACGCUCGCCAUCCGUUACGCGUCUCGUUCCAGACGCAUGGCACUGGCACAGAGACUCAGUGAACUCGCCCUGGAAAAGGCCAAUCAGUUUCAAGAGGAGGAGCUGGAAGAAGAAGAGCCAACCUAUCAGAGGUUAGCAUGGAAUUCUGGAGGAUCCCGUCAGAUGAGCAGCAGACAAGCACAAGUAGAGAAUGGCUGUGAGGAGGAGGAGGAGGAAGAUUAUCCACAAGAGGAGCAAAUGGAUGCAGAAGAAUCAACAGAGACCAGGAAGCCAAGCUUGAAUCCAAUCAAAAAAGGAGGAAAAUCACCUGAAAGGCCUUCUCCUAAACCAAUGAACAGAGAAGGACGCGUGAACCCUUUUAAGGUGUCCGGUGCAGGAAAGUCGUCAAGUUCACCAGCUGGUCAGCCCAGAACAACUAAUGUUUUGGACAGCAUGACAGUGUCCAGCAGAAAACCCACACCUCUCGGCGGCACAUCAAAACAGGGCAAAGCCCCGGUCCUGAAGCCCCUGGCACCCAAACCUAAGUCCAAGACCCAGGCCACUCUGCUGCAGAUGAGUGCCUCUAAAGGAAACAGUAAGAAACUGGAGAACAGUCAAACAGAAGCAGAAAAAGUGAAACCAGCCCCUGCAGCUACACCUCCAGCAUCAGUGGAGAAUGUUGAAAACAGAAAGCCGAAAACUGGCUUUCAGCUGUGGCUUGAGGAGAAUAGGAAGAGCAUUCUCGCUGACAAUCCUGACUUUGAGGAAAUGGAUGUUAUCAAGGAAGGCAUGGGGCGUUUCCGCACUCUUUCAGCAGAGGAAAGACUGAACUGGACGGAGAAAGCAAAGGGCGACUCUGACCCCAAGAAACGAAAGCGUGAAGAUGAAGAACAAGUAAAUGAACAAAUGGAGUCGGAUGAGGGCAGCGCCAAAAAGAAAAAGCCCCUGGAUGCUUCGGCUAAACUCUCUGCGUUUGCAUUUAACAAAGAAUAGUACUUGACAUAAAUUUGUUUAUUGCUUAUGUAAUUUUUGACAUUUUAUUUUAAUACUGAUUGGGGUGAAAACAUUUUAUUUUUUCCCAUUAUUUACUGUAAUUCUCUGACCUCUCAUUCUGGCUGCUCAUUUGUGAUCUACUCAUUCUCCAUAAAUUUUCUCAAGUUUGAGCUCUUUUGAAAGCAGUGCGUCUCUUCAUUAGCAUUUGAAAUGAAUGCAAGUCUCUUUGUUAAGCAAUUUGCAAUGUGGCAAGAUGGUUAAUAAAAAGGUCUCUUAGUUUGCUUCGGAUGGUUUGUACAUAUUUUUUGUGUGGUUUUGUAUUGUAUGUAAAACAAAAAAAAAAUUAUAAUAAAAUAUAAAAUAUUA